UAAUUUUGGUAGGGCCUUGAAAUAAAGGAAACCCCUAAUAAAAUAUGGCUGACGAAAUCUCAAAAGAACUGUUCACACCAGUUUUAAGAACCCAUCUAGACACUUUCUCAGGAAAAAAUGUGAUUUUUGUUGGAAAGAUCAAGUCAAAUGACGGAAGGACCCUUACUCUGACUGAUAAAAAUGAUGACGAAGUGUUGAUUUCAGAUUUCAACGGAGACUCAAAUAUCACUGGUUUUGUUGAAAUCAGAGGAGUGCCUAGCUCAAGUAGUUCCAUAGAGUUCAGAGGUUUAACAAAAUACAACGAUGACUUCAACAUCAACCAGUACGAAGACAUGGUUCAAUUCGGACACGACAUGAACAAAGAGUGCUUUUUGCCUUAACCUGUCUGUAUUAAGCAGAUAAUAAAUUCUGAUU